AUGUUCGAUCUUGAUACCUUGGCUGCCUACACCAAAAGCCGGAAUCAUCUUGUCAAGCAUGUCGUGCUGGAGCUCAACCUUGACAGAUACACGUGGACUCCAACACCCAGCGAAGGCUGCUUUCUGAAAACGGCUCAGACUUUGUUCAAGAUUCUUUCGACAUGGGAUGGCCAUGGUAUCACCCUGGAGUUUGCUAUAUUAUCCCACGAGGAAUACAAGCAAUAUUUUGAGCUCCCUCAAGAGAUGCUUUUCGGUGGUUAUUUGGCAGACUCGGAAGCUGCAUGGCACCGCAAAGUAUCACUCUUGGUCGGCCGCAGAAGCCUUGGAUUCCUGUUCUCACAAUUCAAGUACACUCAACUACAAGUGGUAAACUGUAUUUCCAAGCUUCUCAUUCGCAGGAGAUACUUUACAAAUAUAGCCCCAAUCUCUCUUGCAAGAAUCAUGGAUGCUUUGCCAUGUUUGGAAUCUGUGCAUAUUGAGCGUUGGUGUUUUGGAGCACCAGAAAAAGAUGCAAUAUAUGAUAUAGGGUUUCCGAAUUACUUAAGAGUGCCGCGCUCUUGCAAAAACAUUUCGUUUUAUGAAGAAGACGACACUGAUUACCACAGACGCGUGAUGAAACGGAGCGAAUUAGCGCCGAACGCCAGCCUUGCAAACUCUUUAGGCAAAGAGGCACAUCAUCUGGAAAAUAUCGCUGUCUCUUUUUCUUUCGACGCCGUGUCAUUCUUCACUCCCCGCUGGGGGCAUGACUUUGAGUCAUUGUUCACUCGUUGUGACGCAUAUGACUUUAAGGAAUUGAAGACACUGGCGUUGACAUCGCCAGCCAUGGUUUCCGAAGACUACGGCCUCACCCAGCUCAAUGCCACCACACCCCACGCCAUCUUGUGCUGGUAUCUUUACCUAUCAGAGACUCGACCGAUACAGCAGCUGCAUAAGUUUGAAGUCAACACAGACGUUUAA